GCUGGAGAGUUUCUCCUCAAACAUCUAGAAUAUCUUCCGGCAUCUUGGACCUCUACAGUCGGAUAUUUGGACUCUUUUUUAUUGUCGCAUUUCCCAAGAUGAAAAAUAUUCCUCUUUGCUCCAUGAGAAGGAUUUCCAAGGACCUCGGUAAGGACCUGCAACAUCUGCAAAAUGACUGGAAACAGCUGCAAGUCCAGGUGGUUCUGCACUGGGGGCUCAACUGUAUGCAGAUGAUGCCGUUUACUCUGCUAGCCUGUGGAAACCUCCUCUGAGGGUUUAUCCAGCUGGUGGUGGGACUCUAACGGGACUGUAAAGUUCCACUGGUCUCUGUAGCUGAAGACCCAGAGACGGUUCCUGCCGGCCCCCACCCGUCCCAGCAUGCUCCCCGGAGGAGGGGCGUGGGCCCGGGGGGGCCGCGGCGGCAGGCUGGGGCUCCUGAGGUGGCUGGGGCUCCGGUUGUGGUCCAGACGGGGGACCCUGGUCUUCGCCCUGCUCUGGUUCGGGUCCUGGUUGCUCCUGAACGGUCUGGUCCUGGUCCACAGGACCAUCCUGUCUGACUUCUGCACCGACGACAAGAGCAAGAGGAUCCUGCAGCGACUGUGCCAGCAGUUCCAGCAGGGGGCGGUAGCGGGGGACCUGUGUGAGGACCUGUGUGUGCGGGAGCUGGUCCAGUACCGGCGCUGCCUCUACUACGAGACGGGGAAGAAGGUCCUGGAAGCUCGCUGGAGGAACCACCGCGUGGUGCUCAAGUCCAAGCUGGAGAACUUCAGCUCCUACGAGCCGCUGGGGCUGCUGGACUACCAGCAGGACGCAGGCGAGGAGCUGUCAGCUCUGGAUGUGGUUUUCUACGCUACUCUGGAGGUCCGGAACUCUCUGGGUCUGCUGCAGGACCAGGACCAGGACAUGGACCAGGAUCAGGACCAGGACCGGGACCGGCGGCCCAACGGUUCUCUGUCUCGGCUGCUGGAGCAGCAGCUCCGGGGCCACGACUACUCCAGGGCUGAGCUGGCGUCGCUGUGGGCCCUUCUGCAGCAGGAGGAGUACACCUUCCUCAGGAUCCUGCAGGACCUCAGCGUCCACGUGGCCCGGGUCCUCGGCUCCUGCGGACACUUCUACGCCGUGGAGUUCCUGUCGGCGGGCCACGCCUGGGACCAGAACCUGUUCUCCCUGGACCGGGACCCGGGGGGGCCUGGGGGCCCGGGGAGGGGCCCCCGCUCCGGGGGGCCCCGGGACUCGGUGCACCGCAUCGCGCUCAGCUUCCUGGACAUGGUGCAGCACUUCGACCGCGACUUCAGACACAAGCUGCACCUCUGCGACAUCAAGCCGGAGAACUUCGCCAUCCGGAAGGACCUGACGGUGGUAGCCAUCGACGUGGACAUGGUUUUCUUCGAGCCGAAGAUGAGGGACAUCCUGGAGCAAAACUGCAGCAGCGACGACGACUGCAACUUCUUCGACUGCACGUCCAGGUGCGACGGCGUCCGCCGCAGGUGCAGCCCGCGCCGCCGCAACAGCAACCUGCAGGUGAUCUGUGAGAAGAUCUUCAAGCCCUGGUUCUCCCCCACGCUGCUCGGGGCCAAAGCCGGGCUCCCUCUGCAGGUGGAGCACCUCAGGGCUCCCGUCUCAGACCUGUUGUGUUCCCUGCAGGUGGAGCUGCAGCGGGCGGUGCAGGACUGCUCCGACCUGGACGGGGGUCUGGACGAGGCCGAGGACGACCGAGGGGGGAGGGACGUCCACCGCCGUCUCCUGCACAUCCUGCAGCGCCUCCUGCUGGAGGACGACGGGGGGGACGAGGACGACGGGGGGGACGACGGGGGGGACGAGGACCACGUCCACACGGCACUGAACUUCUGAGGGGGUGGAGCCGGCGGGGAACCAGCAACCUCCACGUUUGGAUCGAAGACUCUGGUGCCUUUCGGACUCCGCCCCUCCCUCUCUGCUGGGCUUUGGCCCCGCCUCCUCAGCCCCCCCCGCGGCGGCGUCUGCUAGCCCUGCCUCCUCAGCCCCCCCCGCGGCGGCGUCUGCUAGCCCCGCCUCCUCAGCCCCCCCCCGCGGCGGCGUCUGCUAGCCUCGCCCGUCUCACGGUUCACUCUCAGGGCAAACGGACAAUUUCACCAAAACAGUUAUGAAUAUGUCGUAAUUUAUUCAGAGAGAUGUUUCUUUUUAUACCUGGAACGGUCAGGGCUAACACCUGGAACGGUUCGGGCUAACACCUGGAACGGUCAGGGCUAACACCUGGAACGGUUCGGGCUAACACCUGGAACGGUCAGGGCUAACACCUGGAACGGUUCCGGCUAACGCCUGGAACGGUCCGGGCUAACACCUGGAACGGUCCGAGCUAACACCUGGAACGGUCCGGGCUAACACCUGGAACGGUCCGGGCUAACACCUGGAACGGUCCGGCUAACACCUGGAACGGUCCAGGGUAACACCUGGAACGGUCCGGACUAAGACCUGGAACGGUCCGGGCUAACACCUGGAACGGUCCGGGCUAACACCUGGAAUGGUCCGGGCUAACACCUGGAAUGGUCCGGCUAACCCCUGGAACGGUCCGGACUAACACCUGGUACGGUCCGGGCUAACACUUGGAACGGUCGGGGCUAACACCUGGAACGGUCCGGGCUAACACCUGGAACGGUUCGGGCUAACACCUGGAACGGUACGGGCUAACCCCUGGAACGGUCCGGGCUAACACCUGCAACGGUCCGGGCUAAAUGAUGAAGUUCUGCUUUAAAGCCACCCUAUGUAGUAACAGCACCCCUGACCGACUUGUAAUACCUCGUCGAGCCACUAGAGGUGCACGCCGUCGCGUCUGAACCGUCCAGCGGUACGGGCCCCCAUGGGAUCAGGGGUGCUGUUACUACAUAGGGUGGCUUUAACCGGCUAGUCUCAGUGAGAUGCGACGUAAUCUCUCUCGUUUUUAGAGAAACUGGUGAUGGGACGGAACCGAAAAUGAUUAAACUUUGAUUUUAAAGCUGAAGAAACGACAACUGGCCGCUUUUCUGGCCAUUUCAGGCUUCUGAGCGUUUUCACUACCAUGUUUUAUUGUGUGUUGAAUGUUUGAGAGAAAGAAAGAUGAUAUUGUUGGAUUCAGCGAUUUCAAAAAAGAUGGAAUUGCAUUUAAAUUGGGGGCGUGGCCUGU